GUCUCAUAAGUCAUAAUACAUAAACGCCCGCCCCUGGCAAAGCUGCUAGAGUUUAGAGUUUACCACGGAAACGGACUCAAUGAAGCCCGGCCCAUAAGGAAUCUUCUCAGCCCCAUGUCGGCGGCGGCGGCGGCGGCGACGGCAGACAAACAGCGCCCACGGCCCACGGUCAAAUACAUAUAAAAACCAAAACUAAUAGGGAAGGCGCACGUUAACAGUCUCCGCGUCCCCCGGCUCACAUUAGCCUCCCCUCCCUUAGCGGUGGCCUCAUCUUUCUAGCUCUCCACAUCAGCCGCAAUCCACCACCCCAAACCCCUUUAAACCUAACCCUAUCGCCCCACCAUUCAUUAUGUCACCGUUCUCCGCCGCCCAUAAAUCCCCUCCUCCCCCUCUUACCUUACUACGCGCUUUCACUUUUUCUCACACGCGCCUUCCGCCAUGGCCGCGUCGCCCACCCAAUCGAACCAGGAACAGUGUACGACCCCGCCCGAGAUCCCGUUCGCCAGCGUCACCGUCGCGUCCCACGGCGCCGGCGCUUCCUCUCGCCGCCUCCCUCCGCCGUGCUGGUCCCACGACGAGACCGUAGCGCUCAUCGACGCUUAUAGGGACAAGUGGUAUUCCCUCCGCCGCGGGAAUCUCCGGGCGAAUCACUGGCAGGAAGUCGCGGAGGAUAUCGCCGUCCGGUGCCCUGUCGAUCCUCCCAAGACCUCGAUGCAGUGCCGGCACAAGAUGGAGAAGCUUCGGAAACGCUACCGCGCUGAGAUCCAACGCGCGGCUUCCUACGGCGGUGGCUCCACCCGCCGCUACUGCUCCACCUGGAUCCACUUCAAACGCAUGGACGCCAUGGAAAGGGGCCCCGACGCGGCCUCUCCGCCACAGGAUGAGGAAGAAUUUGAAGAUGAGCCGGAGGAUUUCAAGCAAAAUAGCGUUAAACACAUCGGUGAUAUAUACAGCCAGCACAAUCUGAAUUCUAAUAAACGGAAUAACUUUCAAGAGCCUAUGAGUAAUGGCGGAGCUGGAUUUCGGAUCCGAAUUCCCAGUGCUAGGCCUAUCCCCACUCCUCCCAUGGCCAAGCCUUACAGCAAAAUUGAUGAAAUGUUGAUCCAAUUCCCUAACCCUAACCCUAACCCUAAUCAUGGCUCCAGUAGGUCGUAUAGACGAGAUGGGGUUAUGAAGAAAGAGAAAGCUUCUUCUUUGGGGAAAAGGAUCGUUGAAGAGGUGGUUGAGAAGAGAAAUGGAGACCCCAUAGCAGAGGCAGUGGCAGCAAUUAAGAUGCUGGGAGAAGGAUUAGUGAGGGUAGAGAAUAUGAAAAUGGAUGUCGCAAGGGAGUUAGAACAGAUGAAGAUGGAAAUGGAGAUGAAGAAGACUGAAAUGAUUCUUGAAUCCCAACAAAAGAUCGUCGAAGCUUUUGCCAUGUCAUUCUCUGAAAAGAACCCUAAGAAGGCCAGGAGAAUGCCAACCCCUGAAUGUUAGAGGGGCUGUGACUGAUCUCCAGUGGUAAAUUUCCCUCUUUCAAACUUUGGAAUGAAUUAUUGGCUUGGGAUGGAUAUAUGAGUGCUGUUCAACUUUCGAAUUCUGGCAAAACCGCAAACAAUUUGAACAUUUAGGUUCUGAAGUUGCUUCUCAUCUUGAUGACACUGCAUUUCUUAAGCCUUGCCUUUUGCUUUUUCAGUAGUAUAGGAACUCAGCACUUUAGUAGUGUAUCUUGUUUAUGAACUGAUAUAGGUUUUCUCUAGCAAUUGCAGUAUUUAUCAAUCAAUUUGUUUAGAACGGAACUUUUUAUUUUGCUUGGAGCUUGUCUUCUUCAUUGUUUAUUCAUGUUUCUGCUGCACAUUUUGCAAUGCUACUCUCUUGUUCCCCAA